AUGCCUAAAUCGAGGAAGUCGCGCGAAGCCUCCGCCGCGUCGGCCGCUACUAGCGACAGCGCCGUCAGCGCCAGCGCCGGAAGCGCGCACAGCUCGCGCUCAUCAACGCCGACCGUAACUGUCCAGCAGACGACGGAGCCGGCGAAACACGUCCAGAUUGAGACGCCCGAUCGCACACCGAAUGGAACGCCUCCGCCGACGGGGGAGAGCCGGCUCCGCCAGCGCUUCAAGAGCGUGCGCGAGGAGCUCGGCAAGAGCAUGGACGACAUCAGCGUCCGUAUCCGCAACAAGGGAGACGGCAAUUACAAGCACCACAAGGGACACAAGCACCACGAGAAGGACGAGCGGGGGUGGAAGAAGUGGUUUGUCGGGCGGCGAGCGUUGUUCCCGAUUGCGUUCGUGCUUGGCGCGGCGGCCGUGUGGCUCACGACGGCGCCGGACCUGCUGCCCGCCGACCUGUCCGACGUGUGGCCGAUGCUGCAGUCGGACAUGCGUGACUUCCUCGGCAACCUGACGAUCACGGAUGCUGUGCGCAAGAACAUCUUCGAGAACCGCGACUUCACGGUCGCCGACGACCUCAUUGAAAAAUACGGACUGAAGGCGGACCACCCCAUCGUGCUCAUGCCUGGUAUUAUUUCGACUGGACUGGAGAGCUGGAGCACAGAACCCGUUGCACGCAGCAUGUUCCGCAGCAGGUUGUGGGGCACGUCGACCAUGAUCCGCACCGUGCUCACGGACAAGGAGAAGUGGACCGAGGCGAUCGCGAUCGACCUCAAGACCGGCCUCGACCCACCCGGGCACAAGGUGCGCGCAGCGCAGGGGCUCGACGCUGCCUCAGAGUUCAUCCAGGGGUAUUGGAUCUGGCAGAAGAUUGUGCAGAACCUGGCUGCGAUCGGGUACGACACGUCGACGAUGGACAUGGCGGCGUAUGACUGGCGCGUCGCGUUUUACAAUCUGGAGAUCCGCGACUUCUUCCUCACGAGACUGAAAGCAAAGAUUGAGAUCAUGCGCCAACAGACGGGCAAGAAGGUCGUGCUGGCCAGCCACUCGAUGGGCGGCUCGCUCGCGCUCUACUUCUUCAAAUGGGUCGAGGCGGAUCCGAAGAAGUGCGGCGGAUUCGGCGGCGGCGGCGGCCCGCACUGGGUCGAGGAGAACAUUGACUCCUGGAUCAACAUUGCGGGCACGCUGCUCGGAGUGCCCAAGGCGAUGACGGCGUUCCUCUCGGGCGAGAUGCGCGACACGGUCGAGAUCCACCCGCUCGGAUCGUACAUGCUGGAAAAGUUCUUCUCGCGCAAGGAACGCGCCAAGCUAUUCCGCAACUGGCCCGGCGCGAGCAGCAUGUGGAUGAAGGGCGGGAACCGGAUCUGGGGCAACGACACGUUUGCGCCCGACGACCCGGAGAACACGACGGACACGUUUGGCCGCUUCCUCUCGUUCCGCAACACGACGACGGAGCCGGUCGACAAGGAGCUCACGAGUCAGACCGUCUACCCCAACCUGACUAUCGACGACACGGCGCCGUACGUGCUCGAGCACACGAGCACAGACUACCAGCGCAUGUACCAGGCCAACUAUUCGCAUGGGUUCGAGGCAGACACGAAGCAGCUGAAGAAGAACGGCUUCGACCCCGUCAAGUGGUCGAACCCGCUCGAGGUGCAGCUGCCCGACGCGCCGAGCAUGAAGAUCUACUGUCUCUACGGACACGGCAAGGAGACGGAGCGCUCGUACUGGUACGCCAAGGGCGAGUGGAUCGAGGACGAGAACCGCGGCGACGCCGUCGGCAAGGAGGCCAUUUGCGAGGCAGACGACGAGGAGUGUCUCCGCACACCGGGCGAUUUCCCCAUGACGCGCGACCAGUGGAUCGACACAGAGGUUACGGACAAGGGAGCCACGCCCGAGGUCCGCUCCGGCGUCAAGUUCAGCGACGGCGACGGCACCAUCGCCACCGUCUCGCUCGGCGCCAUGUGCGUCAAAGGCUGGAAGGGCAAGACGCCGUGGAACCCGGCGGGCAUCGAGGUGAUCACGCAGGCGGGCAAGCCUGCACGCCAAUACAAGCACCAGCCGGACAGCUUUGACCUCCGUGGCGGUCCUCUGACAGCGGACCACGUCGACAUUCUCGGCUCGUCGCCUUUGAACGCGGCCAUUCUCGAGAUCGCAGCUGGAAGGGGCGACCUCGUCGAGCCGACUAUCGGGUCGAACAUUACGGACUACGUCGAGCGGAUGGACUGGGGAGGAGCCUUCUAA